AAACGGCAGAGGAGCUGUAAACGGCGUGGUGUUAUUUGAAAAGAGAUAACUAAAGACAGAGGUCGUUAUUAACAAUGAACCAUCUCCAUUUACCAGCUACAGUCACUGUUUAAAGUCUCCAGUCAGUAGCUUCGUAGCUUCAGUCUGUAUUACCAUGUUUUUGUGAAGGACAUAACAGGUUUCGUAAUGUCAGUGUUUUAAUGCAGUCACAAGAGAAACACAAAAGUCUUGAGUUAGGGGCUUGUAGGUGUAAAUAUGCUGCCGUCCAUCUCUGCAGGCAUAUGGAGAGGUGCUCAACACAUACUUAGGACAAGCAGGGUAGCUCCACGUAGGACAGGGCUGUGCACCUGCGCCGGUAUCCCAGGCGAGCUGUGUGAUGCUGGAACCAUCUUUGCAUUGUCAUCGGGUCAUGGUCGGUGUGGGGUGGCUGUGGUGCGAGUCAGUGGUCCCGCCUCCACCACGGCCCUGAGGUGCAUGGCCGGGCUCACGCACAGCCUGCUAACCCCCCGCACUGCCCUGUUACGCAGCAUCACAGACCCCCAGUCCAAAGAGGUGCUGGACCGCGGGCUGGUGCUCUGGUUCCCAGGCCCACACAGUUUCACAGGAGAGGACAGUGCAGAGUUUCAUAUCCACGGUGGUCCUGCUGUCAUUACGGCGGUCCUGCAGGCCCUAGGAAGCCUGCCUGGCAUGAGGCCGGCUGAGGCUGGAGAGUUCACGCGGAGGGCCUUCCAUGCAGGGAAGCUGGGCUUAACAGAGGUGGAAGGCCUGGGCGAUCUGAUCCACGCUGAGACGGAGGCCCAGAGGCGGCAGGCUCUCAGGCAGAUGUGUGGAGACCUGGGCCGCCUUUACCAAGACUGGACCUCCAGGCUGAAAAGGUGCCUGGCCCAUGUCGAAGCCUUCAUAGACUUCAGUGAGGAUGAGCUCAUUGAGGAUGGAGUCUUAAACCAAGUGGACACAUCGGUGUGUGAUCUGCAAGCCGAGAUGGAGAGACACCUGAAAGAUGAGAGGAGGGGCGAGAGGCUGCGUAGCGGCGUCCAGGUGGUCAUCGCAGGAGCCACUAAUGCAGGGAAGAGUAGCCUUCUGAACACACUGUGCCAACGGCCAGCUGCUAUCGUGUCCCCCAUCGCGGGCACCACCAGGGACGUAGUGGAGACGGCUCUGGACAUUGGUGGCUUCCCGGCCGUGUUGAGUGACACCGCCGGCCUCAGGGACAGUCCUGACCUGGUGGAGCGAGAGGGCGUCCGCAGGGCUCGAGAAAGGGUGGAGCAGGCAGACCUGACCCUGGUGGUGGUAGACUGUGCCCAGCUUCCCUCUGAUGCCCAGCAGGCUCCAGCCUUCCUCCAGGGGCACCUCAGCAGCAUCCUGCCCACCCAGGAGCGUUCACAGACGGAAAGGUGUCUCCUGGUGCUGAAUAAGACUGACCUAGUCUCAGAGGAGUGGAGGCAGCAGCUGGAGACGGAGCUGAGACGCUCCUCUGGUCUCCCGCCCGUCUGUCUCAUCUCAUGUCAGACUAACGAAGGACUGCAGGACUUCCUCGCGGCCCUGCACAGCAGUAUCAAGGCUCUGUGUGGUGACCCUCUGUCUGGUGCCCCCAGCCUGACCCAAGCCCGCCACAGGGCCCACCUACAGCAGUGUGUCGCAGCCCUGUCGCAGUACCAUCGCUACCGGGACACUGACCUGGCUCUGGCAGCUGAGGGUGUCCGGUUGGCACUCACAAGCCUGGGCCGGAUCACGGGACGGGUUGGGGCAGAGGAGAUCCUGGAUAUCAUCUUCAAAGACUUCUGCAUUGGGAAAUAGCUAGAAGAAUAGCAGUGACAUGUGAGAAGAAAAUGCAGACUUAAUAAUAGCCCGGUCAGAGAGGAAGGCUGCAGAAAGUGUUAUUCUUGUAUGGUCCCAGAGUAUCCAUAAAACGAAUGAAAAGAGUAUUAAAAAAAGCAUGUGACACGCUUUGGGACAAAGCAAGGGGACAAAAGAAAACAAAAGUCUUGGCUCAAGAGUCAGCCUGAUCCUGUGCCACAGAAGAAUGUGACUCUUUUGAUGCUGCUUUUCAACAGACUCAUAAAAUUACAGAGUGAUGACAGGUGCCUCAGAGGCCUCAUGUACACUGGACAAGUGUUUGGCAAGUCUUGAAUCAUAAUCCAAAAAUAGUUUGUGGCCAAAGAAACCCUUUUGUAGGUGAAUAUUAGAGUCUUGGGUCACAGUUUAAUAAAGGAAAUUUUCAAGUUGCAAAGUUAAACCACCUCAACAAGGUUAAGGUCUCAUGGUUUGGAUGUUUUUGCUUUUUAAUUGCAGGACAAUUAAAUAAUUUUUUUUUUUUUUUUUGAUGCUCUAUACCUUAGACUAACUGUGUGCCUGUUAUGUACAUAUAUAGUUAUUUAUUCUUGCCAUACAGCUUGGCAAUCUGUUUUGAAAUGACUCUAUGCAUCAUGGCACAGUUUUUAUAAUCUUUGAUGAGAAUGUAUAAGCCUUUGGGCUAGAAUAUAUGGUGGGACUUGUGUACGAUUGAUGAUUUUUGAUUUUUGUAUUUUUGCUUAUUGCUUAUUUUUUUUGUACAAUUCACUGUUAUUAGCCCGGAAACUCCCAACAAGAAAUGAUGGGGAGAAUUAAAACUGCGUUGCAGCAGUAACAGAGGACGGUCCAACCCUGAUCUUAAACUUUUUGUGGACGGUUCAGCAUCUCUCGACCCAGAGACAGGUGGAAACAAAGUUGGCUGCGCUGUGGUACCCACAUGCGGCAUUCUCAUUCAUAUCCUUUACCAUCAAAAUCGUCAGCACAAGCUGCAGAACUCAAGGAUAAAACUGUUCAUGACUUUGGCACUUUGUGGAAACACUGAAAAUUUUUAACAUCAUCAAGCAGACAAGCAAUUGCACACCACCAGCUAGUCUCUGACCUGCUAGAUGCUGUUCUGCUCCCUAAACAGGAGCUCUGUGUAAAUGUGACACGGUAAAGAUCAUGUGUCAAAAGGGGAACUGUUAUCUGGAUUUCAUUGAACUACAGCCAAAUGAGGGUAAGAAAUACUGUUUGGUAACUGUGGUCAUGUUUGCAAAAUGGGUUGAAGCUUUCCCCAAAAGCAAACAAGAUGCACACACAAUUGCAAAGGCACUGCUUACUGAUCAGCAGUGAUAAUGGCACUCCAUUGGUCAACUCAGCACUCCAACAAGAAGGUGACACUUAACCUGACUGGCGAAUACUGUGCUACCCCGAUUCCCGAUAGGUUUUCCUUUAACAAGUGGUUGAGGGAUAAACUUAGCCCUUGGGUUGCAAUGUUGGCCCAAAUUUUAAUUCCAGUUCUGAUCACCUUUGGUAUAAUACUGUGUCUUUGCACAUGCACCCUAACUUGCAUGAAGGCUCUUGUGUAUAGAUGGUUUGGUGACACCAUUUCCAGCCCCUCCUUAACAGGUAACUAUGUGGCAGUGGCUCAUGAUGAUACACACUUUUCCCCCUGAUUCGUUUCUUGCCUGUGCCUGGAUGCCACCCCUUGCUGGCGUCUUGGGCGAUGAUGAAGAUGACACCUUUGUGUAGAUGUUGAUGAAAGGUUUUGGCUUGCUCACAUCCUUUGUCAAGUGACGUUUGUGACAUUUCUCCUCCAUGUGGUGCCAUUUUUGUCAGCAUUGAAUGGGAGUGGAUUUGCACUCUUACAUACCACCCUUAAUUAUCAAUUAAUCUGGUGGCCACCUGUGUGAUGUUUGAUUAGACUCAUUUGUUUGUGAAUUCCUGUUAAUUAGAAUUUCAUCAGGUUUUGCUGCUAAGACAUUGAUUGGUGUGGAUUCAUUUUUUGCACCAUUAUCAUGAUUCAUUUUGUUUGGUACUGACUAAUCUCAUUUAAAACCAAUCAACCAGAUUUGCAUGGAUAUUUUAUUCUAUAGGAUCCCAUAGAAAGUAUUAAUUCUAAAGGGAGAUAGCUGUUUUUUUCUGAGAAAUCUAUUGGAAAACAGGAACUGUUCAGUCACUGUCUGAUAUGCCUUAGCAUCUGAAUGACCUUUGUACAACCUGUUUUCUAUAAAUGCACUGAACCCUUGGCGUUUGUUGUCAGUCUGUCAGUCAGCUGUUUGAUCAGACAUUGUGCUGACACUUUUGCAGAAGCUUUCAGCAAAACUCACAAAGACAAUCUCAGUCUUAAGAACUUCAUUUUUCAGAUUAUUUCCACCACAACAUGUAAUCUUUAAAGGUGAUCCAUGAAGUGUGAUGACUGUUUUUUGGAGCAAAAUCACAUGAGAAAACUAAGUGACCAGGCUCCUGUUCUCUUCAUUGCAAACUGUAUUUUAGUCCAGCUCCCAUAAAUUCAAGGUUAUAUUGGGACACACAAAUCUGAGUGUCUAUGGCCCAGCUCCUCUCUGCUGUGUGGGAAAAAGACAUUUUCGAGGUGAUGCUGUCUGUGUCCUUUGUUCCCCUGUCAAUCUGGCCUUGAUCAAAUAUUUAUGUUUCCUCGCUGAACUCCUCACCCUUCUUCCCCAGUUGCCUUUUUCUCUCCCAGUCUCUGACGACAUUGGUCCUGCUGUACACCAGCAAAAGUUCCAGUCUCGCUCUCUGUCUAUCUGUCUCUUUGUCUCUCUCUGUAAGUGUCGGAGACUCCAGAUUAACUGACCUUUCCUCUUUCCGAGCCGCUCUGUCACUCUUUUCUCCCUCUUUCAUCUCCCCCCUGAUUAAUUACAAGGCAGAGGAAGGGAGUUCGGGCUACAGGGAGGAUCCGUUAGGCCUGAUUCAUCUGUGAAGCGGUGGCCGUUUGACAUCCUUUUGAACCACAGUGUUUACUACGACAGGGAAAAUGUGUGUCUCUGGGUCUAAAUUGAAACGGUAGUAGAGUGCUGAUGAGAGUAAAGAUGAAUGGGGUGAACGACGUCUUGAAGCAGGCCUUCAGACAGACGAUGAUCACAUUGUUGUUAUCCGAUAGUAUGUGAUCACUUAUCAGAGGCUUGAUAAUGAAAAAUAUUCUCUUGUUCAGUGACUUCUCUGAUGAAUAAAACUUGUACCCACUUC